GAGAAUGCGACACCUGGUGCGAAGCCUUCGAAGCCCAGGCCUGCGUCGAGCACCCAAAACUGGCGUCGGGCCAGCCCUAGCCAGGCACCAGCGAUGAAGCGGGCAAGGUCGGUGGGCUCCGUCGGUUCGCGUUCACCUGUGUCCCCUUCGUCGAAGAGGGGGCUGACAGGAUCAGGGAUGCCGGGCCGUCCGCGAAACUUUCUUGGUCAGUGGCCACAGACUCCGCCACGGUUAGCUUCAAGGCUCCUGUCUUGCCGUAGCGCAAACGCAAACCUUCAAGGAUCUCCCUCCGCAGCCAGUAGAGCACCGCCUCCGGAAGCCUGGGGUUCAGCACAGCCGGAAGUGGAAAUAGACGGCCUGCAAGAGCCUCCUACCGACAUGGACGGGGAAGCAGGCGGCCGCGACGGGCAGAUCUCUCAGACCAACGAAGGACCUGAGCUCCAGCUCUUUGGUGCGGUGCUGCGCUCCGCUUCAAACCGCACUUCGGCGUCUGCACGGAGAGGUCGAAGCAAGCCAAAGAGAUCCGAGAUGCUGCUCAGUGUGGGUUCUUCGAGGCGAGGAAGUUCCAACUCCAACUUCUCUGAAAUCGGUUUUGAAAGAAAGCCAUCAAAGAGCGCCAGCAAAGACUCAAGCAUGACGGCACCGGCUUCCUACCAGAUCCAGGAGGUGGACGAAGCACCACCAAGAUCACGAGCCAAGGAGUUCACGGAGCAGCGCCUGGCACAGACACUGCAGUUGCCGCUUGAAGUUGUAAAGCAGGCCGCACAUUGCUUUCGGCAGCACGCAGAAUGCGAGCCGCCAAGACGUCCAGAUUUGUGGCGACUCAAGCAGUCGGCCUUUGAAAAGGUUUUGUGCGACCUUUGCUCCGUAGCCGACACGAAGGAGCUCUCGCAACUCUUUGUCUCAAAGGCUUUUCGUCUCGCAGACAUGACGAAGAGUGGGGACCUCGAUCUGCAGGAGUUCGUCACAUGGUACGCCACCUUCAGCUUCUCAGAGGAGCUGCUGCUCGGAAAGUCCACGAAGAAUGUUCGCGAUGUGGCCAGAACGCUGGGCAUCAAUUUGUUGGAUAUCGAGCGGUACAAGCGUGUAUUCGACAGCUACGACAAAAACAAAAGCGGCGUCAUUGAGCAGGCAGAGUUUCGCUUGAUGGUGAACCGCUUGCUGAAGGUGCCCACAGGGCAUCAUUUGCCUGCCUCGGUCGAGACUUGGCUAGCAUCGGACCAACUUGCUGGGGUAUUUGGGCGGUGUGAGAAGCGCGUGUGUCAGGUGAAAAGCUUUUGGAACAUGGCUGACAGCCACUUGCCUGGACCUACCAGAGCCGGAGUUUGGCUGAUCAACGGUUUUUGUGAGCUGCUUGUGUCACACCUGCGAGACAUCUUACGUAGAAGCAGGCCGCAUGUGCAAUGGACAAGGUGA